ACUAUUAUGCAAUUUCUGAUCGAUUAGAUGCCAAUGCCUCGUGGACAAAUGUUGAAGUGCUUGUCGAAAGAGUAAAAGAAACAAUUACGAAUACAUGUAAAGCUCAAAAUAUUCGACCAAGACCAUACAUUGGAGUUCGGAUUGACCAUAUAUAUGACACAGGUGCAAGUAUAACUUUCACUUAUGGAUUUAAUUGUCGCAAUCUUGGUGAUCCUCUUGGUGCAUUAAGACUUAUAGAACAAGUUGCGUUAAUUGAAAUAUUACGAUCAAAUGGAUCCGUUACACAUAAUACUUCCGGUAUAGGAAAAAGAAAAAAAGAAUGUUUUCGAGAGUCUUUAAGCGAGGCAUUGGCAUCUAAUCGAUCAGAAAUUGCAUAA